CAUUUCCAUUGCCACUUUUUAACAAGGACUUAACGUUACUGCGCUUGCUCAUUGCACACGGUUUAAAAUCAACCCCUUUAUCCCCUAAGUUAUGGGCAUCAUUCAGUCCUACUAGCAGCAGCCCUUCAAACCACAUCAAAAACAAAACAGAAAUUACGGUUCGUCUAUUGAAGCAUAUUUGCUUUGGAGCUGUGUCACCAUGUUAGUGCCGAUCUUCACGCUCAAGUUAAACCAUAAGAUUAACCCUCGAAUGGUUACUGUUGGAAAGUAUGAUGGGGUUCAUCCAUGCCUCACCGCAGCCACACAAGCAGGCAAGGUGUUUAUCCAUAAUCCCCACACUCGAGGUCAGAGGCCAACAGCUCACCGGUUGAGUCAGAGUACACAGGACUCUGACAUCUCACUUCUCAACAUCAAUCAGGCAGUCAGUUGCCUUACAGCUGGUACUCUGGGACCCAACACCACAGGACACACGCUGAUUGUGGGCUCUCAGACCAACCUGCUGGCUUAUGAUGUGCAUGACAAAGCUGAUGUCUUCUACAAGGAAGUAGUUGAUGGGGCCAAUUCUAUUGUGCUCGGAAAACUAGGAGAUAUCAAGUCUCCCCUCACCAUCAUUGGUGGGAACUGUGCUCUGCAAGGCUUCGACUAUGAGGGAAAUGAUAAAUUCUGGACGGUCACAGGAGAUAAUGUGCGAUCACUUGUGCUGUGUGACUUCACAGGUGAUGGCAAGAAUGAGCUUCUUGUUGGAUCAGAGGACUUUGACAUCAGGGUGUUCAGAGAGGAUGAACUGGUGACUGAGAUGGCAGAAAAUGAGACAGUCACGUCACUUUGUCACAUGCACGGCAGCAGGUUUGGUUAUGCUCUGGCCAAUGGAACAGUAGGAGUAUAUGACCGCACUGCCCGCUACUGGAGAAUCAAGUCUAAAAACCAUGCCAUGAGUAUACACGCCUUUGAUCUUAACGCUGAUGGUGUUGUUGAGCUAAUAACUGGGUGGUCCAACGGAAAGAUUGACGCUCGCAGUGAUCGCACAGGUGAGGUGAUCUUCAAGGAUAACUUUUCCUCCUCUGUGGCUGGGAUUGUGGAAGGAGAUUACCGAAUGGAUGGACAGAUCCAGCUUAUAUGCACCUCUGUGGAGGGAGAAGUGCGUGGCUAUCUACCUGCCAGUAAGGAGAUGAAGGGCAACCUAAUGGAUGCAAGUGUAGAACAAGACCUGAUCAGGGAACUGAGCCAACGUAAACAAAACCUACUGCUGGAAUUACGGAACUACGAGGAAAAUGCCAAGGCUGUAUCUGGUGUCUAGGAGGGAGAGUCUAAGAUGGGGGUAAUUCCAGCCAACACACAACUCCAGACGGCCUUGUCUGUUCGAAGAGCCACGGAGAGCCAAAGAGCCCACAUAGAGCUCAACAUCUCCACUCCAAAUGAAACAAUCAUUAGAGCCGUGCUGAUAUUUGCUGAGGGGAUUUUCGAAGGCGAGAGUCACGUGGUUCACCCAAGUGUUCAGAAUCUCUCUGGGUGUGUUUGUGUCCCCAUCAUUCCUCCAAAAGACAUUCCAGUGGACCUUCACAUCAAAGCCUUUGUGGGAGGAAAGACAAGUGCACUAUUUCACGUGUUUGAGAUCACACGUCAGCUGCCUCGCUUCUCCAUGUAUGACCUUAAUGUUGACCCUUCGGCUGCUGAGCCCACAGGGAGGGUUACAUUCAGCAUCAAUGACAGACCACAGAGGGUGGUCAUGUGGCUAAACCAGAACUUUCUGCUCCCAGAAGGUAUUGACAGUCCAGAUGUCACUUUUACUGCACUACGUGGAGGAGGUCUCUUAAAGAUCAACAUGCAACCUAGUGGAGAGAUCACAUUCAGCACUGAUGACAUCGAUCUGGCUGGAGAUCUGGUCCAGUCACUUGCCUCUUUCCUGGCCAUAGAAGAUUUACAGGCUGAAGCGGAUUUUCCCAUCUACUUCAAAGAGUUGCGAGCCACUCUUAGUGAGGUGGAUGAGUUUCACUCUGUCCAUCAAAAGCUCACAGCAGCCAUGGCAGAUCAUUCCAACUAUGUAAGAAAUAUGUUGGUACAAGCAGAAGAUGCCAGACUCAUGGGCGAUUGGAGAACCACGAAGAAACGUUACACUGAGCUGUAUGAUCUUAACAGAGAUUUGAUUAAUGAAUAUAAGAUCAGAUCCAAUAAUCACAGCGCCCUCCUGGCCCGUCUAAAGUCAGUUAACCAGGCCAUCCAAAGGGCGGGGAGAUUCAGAGUGGGAAAACCAAAAAAUCUGGUCAUCACUGCCUGUCGGGAUGCCAUCAAGAACAACAACAUAAAUGCUCUUUUCAAGAUCAUGAGAAUAGGUACUUCGUCCUCCUGAGUUGUGUGGCACUACUUGACCUUAAGACAGAACAUUUGGAAGACCAGACCACAGUCUCAGACAUCAGGAGUCGGCCUCAGGAAAAAGAAGAGCAUGCCUGAGGGAUGUAUUUUAAAUCCAGGUCUCAUUGGCAGAAGUUUUGUUUAGUGGAACAACAGGGCGGGUCUCUAAAGUCUUAGCCAAAGACACUGAUGUGUACCAUGUCUGUAAAUUAACUGGUGUUAUCUGUUUGUGAAGAAAUGUUACUUUCUAAAUAAAUUAUUACAUAAUAAAGUG